AUGGCCGACAUACCACUCCUGGUCAUCUCCGAGAACUCGUCGUCCGAACGACGGAUCACCCCGUCAUGGUCUAUCACUCAGCUGAAAAGCAAACUUGAGCCGGUCACUGGGAUUCCGCCCUCGUGCCAGCGCAUCAGUCUGAAGACUGCGACCAAGGAGACCGUUGCCAUCGAGGCAGCGAACGAGGACCUACAGUUCCUGUCGAGCUUUCCGCUGUAUGCGUAUGCCGAACUACAUAUAUCCGAUACUCGACCAGCUGGGGCCAGGAUCAAUUUCAACGACACGUCUGGUGUUGAGAAAUAUGUAAUGCCCCCCGAGGAGUACGAGAAGAAGUCCGACUCGGUCUUGGCGUGGAAGAAGGCCGAAAAGCUUGGGCGAUUCAACCCUGAUGCUCCCAGCCUGGAGAAGGCCAAGCUUGAGGCCUCUGAUUUCGAGGUCAGGAGCCGAGGCAUCGAGGUAGGAAAGCGGUGCAGAGUGGGUGGUGACGACUCCCGCAGAGGCGAGAUCAAGUUUGUCGGCGAGGUCAAGGAGAUCCCGGGUGUUAUAGGUGCCUGGGUUGGGGUUCACCUCGACGAGCCAGUCGGGAAGAACGAUGGUUGCAUUGGAGGGACGCGCUAUUGGGGUACCGAGUCACAGCUCAAGCAUGGCGUCUUCGUCAGACCAGAGAGGGUCGAGGUAGGCGACUGGCCAGUGCUUGACGAUCUGGAGGACAUGGAAGAGAUAUGA